AUGCCAGUCCAAAUCCUGCAAGACCCUGGUGAAGUUUUCGAAGCAAUUCAGAAGAGCCCAAAGUCGGUGGUUGUGCAUUACUGGGCUCCUUGGAUGGAGCUAGAGUCGCAAUUUAUGUCUAUGUUCUUCGAGGCGGAUGAAAAUCGUGGGGAGGAGGUUGAUUUUGUCAUUGUGGAUAGUGGAUUUAUUCAUCCCCAGCAUAGUCCAGAUGAGAUGCCCUUGACGGUUCUCUAUCAGGGCGGCGAUGAGGUAGAUCUUGCUCCGUUUGAUCUCGAAGAAAUCCGAGCACUUAUUGAGAGAGCAUAA